UCUGUCCAUCAACUCAAACACCAAAAGAUAUGGUUUUUUCCCAAACGAGUCACAAGACUCAAAGUAUUUUGAAAGUGGUAGACAUAGAUCGUUUAAAGGCAAACAAGGAACAACUGACAAACGGCCAGAUCGGAGUGAUUGCCGGCGGAAAUUCGGAAUUGAUGCCAACACCUUCAACGGCCGCAGCCAGCUUCUCAGAGGAAUUUCUGAAACUGGAGCCUGCUUACGACAACGCCAUGUUUCGCGAAUCGGAUUGCGAGUUCUUCCAAGAUCUGGUGCAGUGGUGCUCAGAUCCCGUCAAGGACGAACCAGUACGGACCAUUGAUUCCAAUAAAGUUAUUGAAGAAAGGGCACACAACAACGACAUAUUACACACACCAUUCUCACCGCAAGGUUGGGAAACAAUCGACGCUAAAUCCCCAGAAGCAUCGACUGGCAUGUACUGCAGCACUCCAAACGACCCACUCUCGCCAAUCAUGGACGAGUUCGGGCAGUACACCAAACCAUUAACUCCUCAGGUUCUUGCCGACACUAACACGUUGCAAUUCCAAGAGGAGUUUCUAGAUUUCAACAACAUGCCAGUGGUGUUUGGGGAUCUAGUGUCGGAGAAGCCGGUCGAUAUGAAUCCGGUGCAAAACGCCGGUUUGGUCGGCUGGGAUCACACACACAACAUGAACACACAAUUUACAAAUACACAAGACACAUUGCCCUUCGAAGAAGAUUCAAAAUUCGUAUCGGUUAUACCUAGGGAAUUGGAAAGCAACGAUGUGAUUAUAACGGAAGUGAUAUUCGGGCCCAACAUGGGCAUGAGUAAAGGGCAGGAGGUCGGUACUACGAGGGGGGAACAACGGCAGGGGCUGACCGUGAACAUUCCGGCGCGCGGCACGGGCUGGCCCGCAGACCUCAUCAGCACGCCGGACGUUGUCAACUGCGUGGAGCAGCUAGAGAAAGAUAACCCACCUCUACUGCCUCUCUUGACAACAAACGAGUGGCCGGCCGAAGACACCGAUGUCAUCGCAAACGAAGUGGUCACCAAUCAGUCACCACCUGUGGAUUACGAGCCGAUCACACCAAAAAGCGAAUCUCAAGCGGAAUCCGAAAAUGAGGAACGCUACACAAGGAGAAAACGUCGGUACGACAGCGAAGUAUCAGAUGAAACUUACACGCCGUACCAGGAAACGACCAUACGUAGAAAGUACACAAGAAGAAAGCCAAAUGUUCCGAUCGAGGAUAUGAUUAAGGAAUUGGAAGGCUCGCAACCACUGAAAAAGGCAAAGCGAGGACGUCCACCGAAGAGAAGAGUUAGUACAGUGUCAUCGAUUUGUAGUGUAGAUGAAAACUCUUCGAGCGUUUCCACGCACGAGACAAAUUAUAGGAAAUUAAGAGACAAAAAUAACGAGGCAUCCAAACGUUCUAGAAUGAAUAGAAAAUUAAAAGAGUUACAAAUGGAACAGUUAGCUUUAGAAUUAGAAGAGAAAAAUAAAAAGUUACAAAUUAAAGCGGACAUACUCGAAGAUAUGACGAAGCGGUUGAAAGACGCUUUGAUGAUGGCGAUACUGCAAAAUAAAUGAACUAGUAUAGAUAUUUUCUUUUGUAUAUACGGUUCAGUUUCGCUUCGCGUUUUUUUAUUCGUUCAGCGUGAUUUCUACACACUGUAUCAAACGAUGACGUAUCGCCUGAAAGGCAUAGUCAGAUUUUUGUGUUACAGUUUGUAGCGGCGUGUCGAUUAGUUAUCAUGGGUUUGGAUGCAAUCGUUAAUAAUUAACUGGCAUUUUAAUAAACACCUUAAUGUUUAAGAGAAAAAAAAAGAUUUCUUUAUCAUAGACUUAAGCGUUCAUUGUUAAUUUACUAGAUCAUAGUAUUGGAUUUCACUAUUUCGUGUCAUGUAUCUAAGAAAUAGGUAUUUAGAUUUAUUAAUUCUAUGCUAACGAUGUUUUUAUGAAUUAUAAAAGUUAUUGUAAUGAUGCAAUCAAUAAAAAUGUACUUUAAUGUUUCUAGAUUGAUGGUAUAUUUUGCAUGGUAUUGAAAAUAAGUUUAUAGAUUGUUUUAUGGAUUAAACGAGAUUUCAUAUUA